CUUUUACGAAAGUAUCUGAUAGUAAUAUCUUAAGACAAGAUGCAUGGAAUGUCGUUUCAUGGCGGUGUCGCGGAAACUAUUCUAUUUGAAAAAUGGAGUAUAAAUAACGUGCAAGGAAUGAUUGGUUCCGUAAUUGGCGUCAUUCUUUUAACUGCAUUGUAUGAAGGAUUAAAAUCUUAUCGUGAGUAUCUUUUCGUGAGCACGACAUUUCUCAGGAAGAAUCAGCAAAAGAAGUCGAGAAAUGCCUUGUUAUUUUCCGGAGUACAUUUCUUUCAAACGUUCCUGCAUGUGAUUCAAAUAGUGCUUGGCUAUUUCCUUAUGUUUAUUUUUAUGACGUACAAUUAUUGGCUCUGCAUUGCUAUUGGAACUGGAACAGCUCUUGGAUACUGGUUGUUCCAAUGGACAAAAGCUAAUAAUGACAAUACAGAUUGUUGUCAUUAAAAAUGUAUUCCAUAAUUGACGAUUAUCCAGAAGCAGUAUCUAAUCUAAUCUAACUUAUUAAAGGCCACAUUCACUGAUUUUAUUACUGAUGUUGGUGUUUCAUUUAUCAGACAA